AUGCCUCUAAACCCCCUCCAAAACGCUGUCCCGAAACAGCAGAUUCCAAAAGAGGCGCCAUCCUACUUUUCACCAUUUUUCCCACAAGCUCCGAAAGCUACUGAAGAGAUUUCCAUCUGGAAGCCUCCUCCAACAGCUAACGAGCCAUACUUUCGAUCCAAGGCGCCGAAGAACCAGCCGAGCACACCUCGCCAGAUCCCUACUGUCGGCGCUGCCUCCGUCUACCCUUCCAAACAGAAUAGUUUCUCUAGGAGCAAAAAUAAUAGCAUUGAUGAUGGAAGAGCACAGUUGUACCAGCCCAAGGUGAAUAAGAGCUUGGAUGAGAUUAUGUGGUUGGGGUCUGUUUCGGGAUUCCCCGUGCCAGCUCCUCCACCGCCGAGAAUCGAGCCAACCAUCCGGACUAAGCUCGCUAGGAAGCCAGAGGCGAAAUCGAGCGCGGCUUGCUUGAAUACCAAUGGGUAUGUCACGCAGGGGAAUCUUCCGUUUAAGGAUACAAGGACGGAGGAACAGAAGAAGGCAGACGAGGAGGCGGAGAGGAAAAGGAAGGAGGACGAAGAGGCUAGGAGAAAGCGAUUGGCGGCACACUCUAAGAAGGCCGGUGAGGUUAAAAAUAACCAGGGAGAACCACGAGUUAGACCGUCUGGCCGAAGAGGGAAGGUGUUUUUGCCCAUUCCUUUACCACAGGAAACGGCCCAGAGGAGCAAUCGUCCAAAUGCCAACCACAGACCCAACCUUCCGGAGAACAAUACCAGUUAUGCGCCCUCUCACCCAUUCCUUCCUCAACCAAUCGAGACCACUCGCAGAAGCAAUAGGCGUUCUGAAAAGCUGAAAGCGGGGAGUGACGAGAGUGUCUGGAUGGGACUUCCCCAGCCGAUUGAGACUGUGAGAAGGAGCAAUAGGAAGGGCCCUCUGGGGAGCAGAGGAGGCGGAGGGAGUUCGGACAACAAGGAUGGAAAGGGCGAUACCAAGCCCGUCUCUACAGAGAUACUGCCAGAGCCAAUAGAGUCUUCGCGGAGAUCUCAUCGCCCCCGAAAGUCGGAGGAGUCGGCUCUACCUCAACCAGAAGAAACUACCAGGAGGUCUAACCGGCCAACGGCAGCCCCUGUAUCGAGAGCUGGACAGGAUCCACCAACCCCGACAACCUCCUUCUUCGGUCCUAAUAUUGUCCCUCAGCCUUACGAGACCACAAGGCGCUCUUACAGGCCUAUCUCAGCGCGACCCUUAAUUCCCCAGCCUAUUGAGACUUCUCGGCGAUCCAAUCGCGUUCGGGUACCUCAGCCAGAAAUGCACCUGGAGAUCGAGGCACAAGAUACCCCGCAACCCGUGGCACUUUCCAGCCAUAGUGGUCACCGCUACUUGCGGAGAAAUAGUACCACUAAGCCCAACACCCCAGGCCUGCACCCUGCAUCAGGCGCUUUUGUGAGAGACCGGGGAAGGGAGAGACGCCUUGUGAAAAAAGUUUGUGCUCGCCCUAGUGAUCACGUUUCGCAUCUUCACGAGCCUGUCGACUCUGUGCCUCCGAGUCCGGUCGAUAGCCCGGAACAGUCUAGAUGCCCUAGUCUUAGCACUUCACCUACUUCAUCUGCAGCUAGCUCUACAUGGGAGGUUUCUAAUAAGUUGAACAAAACUAUUGGCGCCAAGGCUGUCAGGCGGGGUUCCGGGAAGGACGGAUUUGGUCCAUACAUUCUCAGCUUGGAGAAAGGUCUCCAAAAAGAGGGGGCUGUCGGGGGUGCAGGGAUCAAGCGCGAACAUGCGAAAGAGGAGGUAGAAUACCCCUUUCCGGUUGUUACCGAGGAUAAGGGUCGUGAGGACAAAAAGCCCAAGGUUGCAACGGACGGUAGCGGGAUUAGAAGCGAGAGAUCCGAAACUGUCCGUCCUAAGUUUACCUCCGCCAUCACAGAUGGCGUAUUGGAGAUCAAACAUCCCCAACCGAGGCAGGCUUCUGACGAAAGGGUAACAGAUGAUUAUCCCAUCUGUCAUUCUCCAGUACAUGGAAAAUUCACGGUUCCCUGGGGAAAGAAGGAGGAACUGAUUGAGGAGCGCGGUGGAUUCGACAGCUCUUGCAUUCCGACCUACGAACUUGAUGGCCCCCCGCCCCUCAAUAUCAGCGCUAUGAACGUGAAUACCCAGCUUCCAACUCCGCCAGACUCCCUUCCAUCAUCCGUGUCGGGCAAGCAAUUCCUUGGGGGCCCGAGAACAACACCCUCUCGCGUGAUCUACACUCCAAUGGCCCCCUCUCCUGGGUACACCGUCGCAUCUCUUCCCCCUCGACGAAAAGAAGAUAACGGUGUCAAAGUCACGGAAGAGUUUGUCGACGCUGUGAUGGUAUACUUGAGCUUGAACUACGAAUCUAUCGCAGCAAAGUACGAUGCGGAGCUUGCGGUCUAUACCGAUUCGUCGGAAGCCCAGGUCAAGGCGGACAGGAAGGGUGUUGUUAGGAAGUACAUUGAGCGUUGGAUCUCUGAGAAUCCGGAAAUGGCAUCCGGUGAAGGCAGAAAGGGUGGUUUCUGGUAGCCUAGUCUUUUCAAAAAGGAAGAAAGAGAAAAAAAAGGCUUUUUGUUUUUCCCUCUUGAAGUGGGGGAGGGAGUUUUUUGUGUGAUUUGUGUUUCAUCUUGUACUCUUAAAUUCUGUUACUGCUCUUUUGGCAGUUACAUU